AUGUUCAAUGCGCUGUGGUGUCGGAGAGUGCUGCUGUCACUUAGUGGUGUGAUCUUGCUGCUUGCCAUUCUGUGUGAGGGUACAGUCAACAGGCGUGAACGUGACCAGGUCUUGGAGGCCAUUGCGCGCGAUACAGAAACAUUAAGGAUACAUAAGGCGAAAGAGCGAUCGAAAUUGGAGCGACUCGAAGAAGAAAUGAAAUCAAGACAGGACAAGGAAGACCGUGCGGCGGCCCUAUUAAAUAAAAUUAAGAACAGCGAACAGAAUCACGCUCACAAUGAUCUCCAGCACGAGCAAAAUUAUGACAUUGUCGACACGGAUACAUAUCACAACACAAAUGACCCUAUUGUGAACCCUGAAGCAGACACCAGACACAAACACGAGCAUGGACAUGGACAUCGACAUGGAGAGAAAGGGGAAGCUAUAGUCGGAAACACAGACGGCGCUGCAAAGGUACGCGAGUCCGAAGUCGAACGAUGCGAACAUCACACCACCCACUCGCACGACUCAGCGGAUGAUGAGAAUACAGCGGUCCGCGGCUCAGACCCAAGCCACGCCGAGCGUCGCAGCAAACAACCUUCAGAUACAUCAGAGCAUGGCGAGAGACCGCAUAUGGAGACAUCGGAAGACGGAGACAGUGUUGCCGCAGAUGCGCUGGAGAGAGCGGAUUUUUUAUUUGAAAAUCGAUCUGAUAUGGCAGAUUCGUCACCUGAAAACCGGUCGGAUGAAGCCGAUACUUUAACCCAGGGUGAGUCAGAUGAAAGAGACAUGUCAGACGGGAAUGAUGAUCCAUCUAGCAAUGACUUGGAUGACUUCGAAGAGGCGGUGCGUGUGUUGGUGAUAGUGACGGUGUAUCAGAGAACACUCGCGCGAUGUGGAGACAGGACUGUGGAAGAUCUGAUGGGA